AUAAAACCGUAGCGUUGUAUCCCAAUUAACAGCUAGCCCCUGAUAUGCAUAAGGCAAAGGCAUUUUUCUGCAGUUCAAAAGUUAAGAAGGUUUGUGUCUGGUGGGCUUGGCUGAAGAGGAGUGGAAGAGACUGGGUCAGUUUUACAGCCCGCCCCCAGAGGACAGUUGGUUGCAAAGGAGGGGCCAGCGCUUGCAGACUGGUAGGAAUGCAGGCUAGCUAUUCAGCCUGUGGCCUGGAGGAAACUCUUAUCAUCCUGUUCGAAACUUUGAGCUGUGGCCACAGAAUGCAAAGGCAGCUCGAGCAUCUCAUCUGACGUGAGUUCAAGUACAGAUCACACACCCACCAAAGCCCAGAAGAAUGUGGCUACCAGCGAAGACUCCGACCUGAGCAUGCGCACACUGAGCACGCCCAGCCCAGCCCUGAUAUGUCCACCGAAUCUGCCAGGAUUUCAGAAUGGAAGGGGCUCGUCCACCUCCUCGUCCUCCAUCACUGGGGAGACGGUGGCCAUGGUCCACUCCCCGCCCCCGACCCGCCUCACACACCCGCUCAUCCGGCUCGCCUCCAGACCCCAGAAGGAGCAGGCCAGCAUAGACCGGCUCCCGGACCACUCCAUGGUGCAGAUCUUCUCCUUCCUGCCCACCAACCAGCUGUGCCGCUGCGCGCGCGUGUGCCGCCGCUGGUACAACCUCGCCUGGGACCCGCGGCUCUGGAGGACUAUCCGCCUGACGGGCGAGACCAUCAACGUGGACCGCGCCCUCAAGGUGCUGACCCGCAGACUCUGCCAGGACACCCCCAACGUGUGUCUCAUGCUGGAAACCGUUACUGUCAGUGGCUGCAGGCGGCUCACAGACCGAGGGCUGUACACCAUCGCCCAGUGCUGCCCCGAACUGAGGCGACUGGAAGUCUCAGGCUGUUACAAUAUCUCCAACGAGGCCGUCUUUGACGUGGUGUCCCUCUGCCCCAAUCUGGAGCACCUGGAUGUGUCAGGGUGCUCCAAAGUGACCUGCAUCAGCUUGACCCGGGAGGCCUCCAUUAAACUGUCCCCCUUACAUGGCAAACAGAUAUCUAUCCGCUACCUGGACAUGACGGACUGCUUCGUGCUGGAGGACGAAGGCCUGCACACCAUCGCGGCACACUGCACGCAGCUCACCCACCUCUACCUGCGCCGCUGCGUCCGCCUGACCGACGAGGGACUGCGCUACCUGGUGAUCUACUGCGCCUCUAUCAAGGAGCUGAGCGUCAGCGACUGCCGCUUCGUCAGCGACUUCGGCCUGCGGGAGAUCGCCAAACUGGAGUCCCGCCUGCGGUACCUGAGCAUCGCGCACUGCGGGCGGGUCACAGACGUGGGCAUCCGCUACGUGGCCAAGUACUGCAGCAAGCUGCGCUACCUCAACGCGAGGGGCUGCGAGGGCAUCACGGACCACGGCGUGGAGUACCUCGCCAAGAACUGCACCAAACUCAAGUCCCUGGAUAUCGGCAAAUGCCCUUUGGUAUCCGACACGGGCCUGGAGUGCCUGGCCCUGAACUGCUUCAACCUCAAGCGGCUCAGCCUCAAGUCCUGCGAGAGCAUCACCGGCCAGGGCUUGCAGAUCGUGGCCGCCAACUGCUUUGACCUCCAGACGCUGAAUGUCCAGGACUGCGAGGUCUCCGUGGAGGCCCUGCGCUUUGUCAAACGCCACUGCAAGCGCUGUGUCAUCGAGCACACCAACCCGGCUUUCUUCUGAAGGGACAGAGUUCACCCGGCGUUGUAUUCACACAAACCUGAACAAAGCAAAUGUUUUUUAAAAGCAGCUUAUGUAAGCACCGACACCGACUCAUAACAGCUCUUUCUUCCAGGAAGGUUAUUAGGAAUCUGGCCUUUAUUUUUCCUCAUUUCUCAUGGGCAACAGAGGCCAAAGAAACGAAGCAAGGCAAACAGCGAACAGGCAUUUUGGUCAGGCCAUUUGUAGGAAGUUUCUCUUCUCACGAAAGAUGUACUUCAGCAGGCUGAUCGCAGUUCCUUGAGCAAGGCGCUUACUCUCUGCCGCUCAGGCCCCGGAGGCCGCCUUGUCCCUCACACACAGGCCACACCCCCACAGUUCCACACCCCCCUGUAAGGCCACACCCUCCCUUCCUAGAGCAGCAGCCAGGACCCAUCAUCAGAAUCACAGUGCUCUCCAGACCUCCUUUCUAAACUGCUUCAUUGACAUAAGUCACCCUCUUCAAUCCCACAACCAUGGGCAUUCUGGUCAACUCAAUAUCAUAGCACUUUGCAUACGCAAAAUACUUUUCAGGUCUUUUUAAAAAAUUCAUUACAGCAAACAGCUGGGGAAAGACAUGCAGUCUUCCCCCAGCUCUGCCAAUGACUGUGACCUUGGCCAAAGCAAUUCACUGCUCUGGGCUGCAGCUUCCAGCACCGAGUCAGAGGCCACACAGCCCAAAGAUUAGCUUCAUGUCCAUUAUAGCAUUGAGGGAACAGAGACACCCAUACACAGAACCACCUUGGCAUAGAAGCACCUAGGCAUCUUCCUCUUCUAGGAGAAUUGAUUCUGUGGAUGGGCGUGAUUUCAGGAGAUUGUGCAGGGCCAGCAUCAGUGCACAAAGGGUCCUGUAUGUCCUUUGGCUGCAAAUCACCCACUUCCCUGUGUGUUUCAGUGGGAGAAUUUCCUCUCCCACCUCUUCACAUCCUCUUUUGCCAGGCUGGAUGGUGUCGUUUCUGUACACAAAUACUUUCUGCAUUCCCCCCUCCACAGCAUCCUAGCCAGGCACCAGCACGCCUAAUCACAGCAAAGCCCAGAUCCCCCCUCAGUUGCUUUUACUCAGCGUUUUCAAAUAGGAGUAAAGGCCCUCACAAUUUCUAAUUAACAGGCAAGGCCCAAGGGAACACAUAUCUUCAAAAGUUUUUCUAAACCCUCGCCUUGCACACCUGGCAUGCUUCAGGCACAUCUGUCCUACAGCUGGCAGAGACAGAUGCCUCGGUUCUUUGUCAUUCAGAUUGCAUUUGGCCUCUUCUCAUCUAUUUAUUUCUUUAUACAUCCAGACUUCAUCACAUGAAGCCUAUUGGGGUUAAGUUUGUAAGUGUUUAAUUGUGCAACUUGCCACCCUGUGUGCCUCCUCCGUGGCUGUCUGCGUGUUUUCCAUCAAAGAAUGCAAAGCAGAUUUCCAGGUGUUUAAAUUCUGUUCACUCAAAAAUGCCAGAUGAAUGGAAGAGGGAACACACUGAGAUGACUUAGACUCUGGUCCACCAACCAGACCCUUGGAAUGGAAUAUUGAAAUCAUUACAAGGUAUGAAUUUUAAAUGGAUGAAAUUUCAAAUUAUCUUAUUUGGAUAGAAGUCUAUAUUCUAGCCUCGUUUGCCUGAAGUCAGAUAGCCAGAAGAAAUUUCAUUGCUCGUUUUCACGAAAUUCACUUGUCUUUUGUUAAUUAACACAGGGCCUUUUCCAAAUUAUUCUCUAGCCAAGCCCCGCCUUCAUUACUGUUGAAAUCCCUCAUUUAUUUCCUUCUCAAAGUACCCGUUAUCCAAACACAGAACCUUUGCAUCUCCAAGCCAGUUAUGCUGAAUUUGUCAAACUAAGACACCCUUGACAACUGCACUCCUACUGUAGGCUCCUGUGCGUACUGGCGUCUUCUGUGGGGGAUGGAGAGGUUAGUGUGAUGAGGUGGCGUCUGCCCAGGAGGUUUCUUUCAUACAUCAUGGCCUCCCAUCCAAUUAACAUCAUCAACUUACAUGUGUAAUUAAGACUCUGUGCCAUGGGGGAAAUGAGUCAUUUAGCUAGGCCAGGAUCUAGUGACAGCCACAGAGUUUAGAACCAUGAAAGAAGUUGAAGGUAGCAUUCUUCAGCUCUGUGACUUGUGACCCUAUUUGAAGUUUCAGGAUUUGGGUGUCACAAAGGAUUGUCCCUAAUCCUUGGCCCUGGGGUUUUCCGAGUGAGCUAGUUUAAUACUCCAAGAAUAAGCAGGCAGAUCCAGGUAAUGAACCCCUGACCACAUCACCUAAACUGUCUUCCAAGCAUGAGACAAAGUUGACUGUUCACACUGAUUGCCCAACACAUACUGUCUUGCCAGUUUCUCCUUUUCUCCCGGUCUCCUCUUCAUGCAUUCUGUUCUCCCUUGGGGUGGGAAUCUAUGGUGGAGGUUACUGGGGAAAGAGCUCAGCAGAUUUUUAGAGACCAAACCAAAGGCCUCACUGGGAAAUUUAUCUGUUUUAAAACAUUGCUUCCUUCCUGGCUCUGCUAAAUUGAAUGCUCAUUGUUUUUUUGUUUUUUUGUUUUUAAAUUCUAAUGUUCAAAUCACUGCGUGCUGUAUGAAUCUAGAAAGCCUUAAAUUACUACCACCAAGAAAUAAAGCAAUAUGUUCUUAAUCA